AUUUUGGAUUGAACGAUAUAAAGGCAUGGGAGCAAUUUUUUUCAUUCCAUGAUGCGCUAUUCGAAGGAGGAAAUUUUGUUGCAACGAUGGUUUAUGCGGCCGCAGCGUCUCCAGCAGUACCUGCAAGUCCAGCUCCAAGUGAAGUUCAAUCCACUCGCCGUAACACCAAACACCUCUCUCUCUCUCUCACCAACAAAUUCACUGAUCUCACAGUUGCAUGGACCUCAUCUAUAGCCCUUCGUUGUCGGAAUGGCCAAUUACGUGAAGCUGCUUUCGAUUUCGCUCGUAUGAGAGAAGCUGGAGUGGAACCCAAUCAUAUCACUUUCAUCACUCUUCUUUCUGCUUGCGCUGACUAUCCCUCAGACAGUAUAUCCUUUGGAGCUUCAAUUCACGCGUAUACCCGAAAACUGGGCUUGGAUAUAAAUGAUGUUAUGGUGGGAACUGCGGUGAUCGAUAUGUACGCUAAAUGUGGUCGUGUAUAUUUAGCUAGGCUGGCAUUUGAACAAUUGGAUGGCAAAAAUAUGGUGUCUUGGAACACGAUGAUUGAUGGGUAUAUGAGGAAUGGUGAAUUCGAGAAUGCCAUCGAACUGUUUGAUAAAAUGCCUGCCAAGAAUGCCAUUUCUUGGACAGCUUUAAUUGGGGGAUUUGUGAAGAGAGAUUAUCAUGAAGAAGCACUGGAAUUCUUUCGUGAAAUGCAGCUCGCUGGUGUGGCCCCUGAUUAUGUCACCAUUAUUGCUAUCCUUUCUGCUUGUGCCAACCUGGGAACACUUAGUCUGGGCUUAUGGGUUAAUAGGCUUGUGAUAAAAGAAAAUCUCAAGGACAACGUUAAAGUUUGCAACUCUUUAAUUGACAUGUAUUCUCGAUGCGGAUGUAUAGAAUUUGCUCGUCAAGUAUUUGAGAAAAUGCCCCAACGAACGUUGGUUUCAUGGAACUCCAUAAUUGUAGGAUUUGCUGCUAACGGGCUUGCAGAUGAGGCUCUAAAUUUCUUCUAUUCAAUGCAGAGGAAAGGGUUCAAGCCAGAUGGAGUUAGUUACACCGGAGCUCUCACAGCAUGCAGCCAUGCCGGGUUAAUCAACAAGGGACUCCAAAUCUUCGAUAACAUGAAAAGAGUUCAUCGAAUCACCCCUACAAUUGAGCAUUACGGCUGCGUAGUGGAUCUCUACAGUCGAGCAGGGAGGUUGGAAGAAGCAUUAGAAGUGAUAAAGAACAUGCCCAUGAAGCCCAAUGAGGUGGUACUAGGGUCAUUGCUCGCCGCUUGUAGGACUCAAGGGGACGUUAACUUGGCUGAAAAAGUGAUGAAUUAUCUUGUUGAACUGGACCCCGGUGGGGAUUCCAAUUAUGUGCUUCUUGCUAACAUAUAUGCUGCAGUAGGAAAGUGGGACGGGGCAAGUAAAGUUAGAAGGACCAUGAAGGCUCGUGGAAUACAAAAGAAACCAGGUUUUAGUUCCAUUGAGACUGAUUCAAGCAUUCACAAAUUUGUCGCUGGUGAUAAAUCUCAUGAAGAGAUAGAUUCUAUUUUCUCAAUCUUAGAACUUCUAUCCUUCGAACUGAAACAAUGUGGUUAUAUUUCCAAAUUCACUGCAAAGGAAUCUUAUGAAGAUGAUUAAUUCCUAUA